UUAAUCAUUUUUAAGAAUUUGUCAUGAAACGAAAACCACCAUAUCAUUGCAUCGUCAUCUCAACGUCUCCCAAACAUGUGUUACAAUGCCACUUGUCCGACUUGCUCGAAGCAGUCGUGGCGCGGUUGUGGCAGCCACAUCCCGUCUGCGCUCUCGGAUUAUACUGAGGAUCAAUGGUGUAUCUGCAAGCCGCAGACUAUGGUCAAUGGCAAGGCAUAUCCUCCGGCGGCAAAGUUACAAAUUUGGGGUAUGUCUUGGUUAAGCAACUAUUUAAGUCAUGGUUCUAGGCAGCAGGACGGAAUAAAGGGCGAAUUGUGAAGGUCGGGCUGGAAUGGGCCUGCCAUACGGCGCUAUCCCGGUCCAACAAAACUACAGCUAUAUCGUGUUCACUUCUGUAACAAUAAGUGAGGUGUGAGUAGAGGCCAGGCACAAUCGUCAAUUCCUAACGCCAGUAUCAAUUAGGUACAAAGAAGGAAACUUGCCCGUCCAAGAGUCCUUGGUGCUUCGAGCACUAUUUGAGUGUCCUAGAAGGUUUUGUUGAAACGCCAUCAGAUCGUCAUGAUCUCGCCCGUGUGACGGGCUCACUGCGAAACUAUACAGCUCAACAUGGCCAAAUACUGUUAAUUAUCUAACUGAGGAGGAAAGUAAAAUAAGCGAGUUUUCCGAGAACACAAACUAUGUUUUUAUAUGCCCUCGAUGGUUCCUUUGUUGGAUCCGGACGCAAGGUUCUUGCAGCUCCGGAUCCCAUUUCAGGCACAGCCUGUCACAG